UUGAUGGAAAACUACACCUACAACAGCUUCACACUCCAGCUGGAGGGGUUAAAUGUCUCAAAGGACUCUGUCUACCCUGUGUUUCUUUUUAUAUUUUUCUCAUACUUGUUUAUAAUUGUUGCAAAUGUUGGAAUUGCUGUUUAUGUUUUCAUAGACAAAAACAUUCACCAGCCUAUGUAUCUACUUUUUUCAAACCUUGCAGUCAAUGACAUACUUGGAAGCUCUAUCAUUUUGCCUCGUUUGCUCAUAGACAUGUUGCGUCCACCCUCUGAACGUCUCAUCAGUUAUUACGAGUGUGUGGCCCAAGCUUUCACCAUACAUAUGUUCAGUACCACUGCUCGCACUGUGCUCAUGAUUAUGGCCUUUGACAGAUAUGUGGCCAUCUGCAAUCCCCUGCGUUACGCUGCCAUAAUGACCAACAAAAUGUUGGUGAAGCUGACAGUUUCUGCCUGGGGAGUGGCCUUUGUUCUGGUCGGGAUUCUGCUCGGUCUGACCAUAAGACUGAACCGAUGCAGGACUAUGAUCAGAAGCCCUUAUUGUGACAAUGCUGGACUGUUCAAACUCUCCUGUGAGAGUGUGUUUAUCAAUAAUAUGUAUGGCCUGACUUUUACUGCAGUCCUAUACACAGGGUCUAUAGGCAGCAUGGUUCUCACCUAUACCAAGAUCACAGUAGUCUGUCUGAUAAGUAAGAACAAGUCUCUGAAUAGUAAAGCCCUGAAGACCUGCAGCACUCAUCUGGUUGUGUAUCUGAUAUUAAUUCAUUGUUGCAGUGGAAUGUGUAUCAUUAUUCUCCAUCGCUUCCCAGAAUAUGCAGAGAGCAGAAAAUUUAUUACUAUUUUGUAUGUUAUCAUCCCUAGCAGCCUGAAUCCCAUUAUUUAUGGCAUGCAGUCUAAAGAGAUACGGAAAUUUUUGUCUAACUUGUUUCAGUCCAAGAGGGUUUUAUCAUCAUAA